ACAUUAAUUAUAAUCACUAGUUUGGCUGCAGCUGCUGGAUAAAAAAAGUUUCUAACUUUGGAUAGGGGUAAAGGAUAUUAAUACCUGAAGUCAUUUUUAAGUGAAAUUUAAUAUCCACCACUUUGUGCUUUUAUAAUGUGAGAGACAUUCAUUGACACCUCUGGUCAAAAUGUUUAAACCUAAGAUAAAUUUAUGUUUUAUUGCUACAAUAUAUUAGGAAAGCACUUAUUCUUCUCAAUUAAUAGAGGAACUUUCCCGUUUAUACAUUCACAGAUUUUGUCAAAGAAUGACAUCUGGAUAUUUGUGUUUAAACUUGUGUUUAUCUGUAAAAGAUGAACAGGUUUCAAAAAAUAGUAAAGAGAUGGUAUUGCUCGACUUUAUAGUACGACACACAGGUUUGAUUGAUAGUUUAUAAAUGGGCAAGCAUCAAAUUAAGAUGUUGCAUUGGUGGGUUAAAGAUAUAAGAAUAGAAAGUCAGGAUUAAUAAAGAAAAACUUGACUUUACUUUAAGCAGUUUCAUUGUGAAGUCCUCAUUUUUUCAUUCUUUUCGUUUAACAUUUUGCACUUUCGUCCCAGUAGGUGGCGGUUAUGUACCUUAUGCUAGUUGCCAACCAUCAAAAAACAUCCACAGAAGAAGAAGAAGAAUGACGUCAUUGGAUAGCGGCGCCGUGGUGGACUGGAAUGGGACCUGAAGAUUUUUCCCAAAUUUUGAUAGCUUAAUCCAUGAAUGGCGCCGAAACAGGACCCGAAACCUAAAUUUCAAGAAGGUGAAAGAGUGCUGUGUUUUCAUGGGCCAUUGCUCUACGAAGCUAAGUGUGUUAAGAUUAAUAUCAAGGACAAACAGAUCAAAUACUUCAUUCAUUACAGUGGUUGGAAUAAGAACUGGGACGAAUGGGUUCCUGAAAGCAGAGUACUGAAGUAUGUGGACAGUAAUCUUCAGAAACAGAAAGAGCUUCAGAGGGCCAAUCAAGACCAUUAUGUAGAAGGGAGAAUGAGGGGAGCUGCACCGAAUAAGAAGAUCCCUGCUGCAUCGCAGAAAAAUGAUGUGAAAACCAAAAAGAACAAACAGAAGACUCCUGGAGCAGGAGAGGGAACGAGUUCAGGAGGAGAUCCAACCCAUCCUCCCAGGAAGAAGAGAGCACGAGUUGACCCAACUGUUGAGAGCGAGGAAACCUUUAUAAACAGAGUUGAAGUUAAAGUAAAAAUCCCAGAGGAGCUUAAACCAUGGCUUGUGGAUGACUGGGAUCUGAUCACACGUCAAAAACAGCUUUUUCACCUUCCAGCCAAAAAAAACGUUGACGCUGUCCUCGAAGACUAUGGAAACUACAAAAAAUCAAGAGGAAACUCUGACAGCAAGGAGUUUGCUGUGAAUGAGGUGGUCGCCGGUAUCCGUGAAUAUUUCAAUGUCAUGCUGGGGACGCAACUUCUCUACAAAUUUGAGCGGCCUCAGUACGCAGACAUCCUGGCUAACCACCCCGACACAGCCAUGUCUCAGAUCUACGGCGCGCCUCACCUACUCAGACUUUUUGUGAGAAUUGGGGCUAUGCUGGCAUACACUCCCCUGGAUGAGAAGAGUCUUGCGCUGCUUCUCAGUUAUCUACAAGACUUUCUCAAGUAUCUCGUUAAGAACUCUGCGUCACUCUUCAAUGUAAGCGACUAUGAAGUUGCUCCUCCAGAGUAUCAUCGAAAGGCGGUCUAAAUUUUAUUUUAUUUUUUGGUUAGAUCUGAAACCUUUGUGUGUUAAAGAUCAGAAAACUUUCAGUUGAAAAAAAACCUUCUUUGAAGCACAGAUUUUGUAACAUUAUUUUUACUCUAAGAAGAAUCAUGUGUGAAUGAAGUUGGGUUUUUUUUUUGUUUGUUUUGUUUCUUUUCCAAGAGGAACGCUGCUGAGAACUUUUUCCCCCAUGUUGGUAUGUUUUUCAUUACCACUUUUUUUGUUUACUUUGUUUUUUUUGUCUGAGGCUAAUUCACAAAUUUGGACAUUACUGUUGUUUUUCUUCUAUUUCCUGACUUGAAACAGAUACCGGUUACAAACGUCCUGGAAGGAGUUAUUUUCUAAUAAAAGUCUUUCAUUCGUUA